UCAUAACUUGAGGCUUUGAGGUAUCUUAGUUAAAUUCUUGCAUGAUUUAGAAUCUUAUUGAAGACUGAUUUAGGAAAUUUGUAUUUGAUCGAUUACAGAAAAUGGAAGAUAAGAGAUUGAAAAUCAUAAUGUAUCCAUGGCUGGCGAUGGGGCAUCUCACCUCUUUCCUUCACAUCUCCAACAAAUUAGCAGAGAGAGGCCAUAGGAUCUGGUUCCUCCUCCCUCCCAAAACGCAGCCCAAGUUGGAACAAUUCAACCUUCAUCCUCAGCUCAUAACCUUCAUUCCCCUCAGCAUCCCUCAUCUCCAAGGCCUCCCCGCCGGAGCUGAGACCACCGCCGACGUACCUUUCCAUCUCCACAAGCUCCUGCGGCGCGCCAUGGAUCUGACGCAGCCGGCCAUCGAGCAUCUGCUCCACCAACUCAAACCCCAUUUCAUCUUCUUCGAUUUCACGCCGUGGCUGCCCGCCUUGGCGCGCCGCUUCGACGUCAAGUCCAUCCACUACUGCACCAUCAGCCCCGCAGCGGUGGCUUACAUGAUCCGCGAUGAGUCCUCCGCCGACGCUUUCAUGGAGCCUCCGCCCGGCUUCCCAUCCUCAGCGAUCAAGCUCCGCGACCACGAGGCGCGCGCGCUUCUCCGGGUCAACAAGAGCACGGAAUUCGACGGCGCCACCACGUUCGUGCAGAGGAUGCUGGCGUGUUUGGAGGAGUGCGAUGCUUUGGGAUUCAGAUCUUGCAGGGAGAUGGAGGGGCGCUACUGUGAUUUUCUCGAGAAGAAAUUCGAGAAGCCGGUGAUGCUAGCUGGUUUCGUGGUGCCGGAAGCUCCGAGUUCAAGUCUAGACGAGAAGUGGAGGAAAUGGUUGGAUCAGUUCGAUGCCAAAAGCGUUGUGUAUUGCGCCUUCGGCAGCGAAGCUAGACUAAGAAAGGAUGAGUUUGAACAAGUGGUGCUGGGAUUGGAGCUGACGGGCCUCCCGUUUCUAGCGGCGCUGAAGGCGGAGACGGUGGAGGAAGAAGGUGUAGGUGCAGUAGGGUUUGGAGAGAGGAGGGGAAGGGGAGUGGUGGUGGAGGGAUGGGUGCAGCAGCAGUUGAUCCUAAAACACCCGUCGGUGGGGUGCUUCGUGACGCACUGCGGGUCGGGGUCGUUGUCGGAGGGCAUGGUGAGCGAGUGCGGGAUGGUGGCGGCGGCGCAUGGCGGGGAUCAGGUGAUCAAUGCGAGAAUGGCGGCGGGGGAGUGGAGGGUGGGGGCGGAGGCUGGGAGAGAUGAAAAGGGGUUGUUGAGGAAAGAAGGAGUGGCGGAGGCGGUGAAGGUAGUGAUGGGAAUGGGAGAAGGGAGUGAGAUGAGAGCAAAUCAUGGAAAGUGGAGGGAGUUGUUGUUGGGAAAAGGCUUUGAGGAUUCUUACAUGGAUGGCUUCGUUCGGGAUCUACUUUUGCUUCUACACUAA